GCACUUGGGGUGAGGAGGACUGGCUUUAAUGUAUCUGAAGACGACACCUUAAAAAUAAAAGGUUGAGAGAAGGCAACGAAUCUUUCAUUCUUCUCUUCUCUUCUAAAAUUUUUUUUUGCCCUCUCCGUUAGGGUUUCUGGUUCUUGACUGAUCUGAUGAACUUUGAAGGAAUUCGAUUUCUGUAAAUGCAUUCAGUUGUUGUUGGACUGUAUCUGGUUAUUUGCUUCUGGUUCUUGGUUGAUUCUGUGUUUUUGGCUCUCGAUCGAGUUUCUUCUUUGGAAAAGCUCUUGGAUUUUGGAUCUUUGUACCCAUGCCUGCUCUCGUUAACUAUAGUGGAGAUGAGGAUUUCUACCCUGGGUCGGUAUUCUCGAAUCUCAUGGAUUCGAGCCUUAUGCUCUCUCUUGGUCCUCAUGUGGAUGUGUACUGUCCUCCUAGAAAGAGAUCACGCAUCAGUGCACCUUUUGUCUUCAGCGGAGAUAAGUUUGAGCAGAAGAAGCGUCCCUCUAUUGAUGUUCUUCCAGAGGAGUGCCUCUUUGAGAUCUUCAGAAGACUACCUGGAGGCCAGGAGAGGAGUGCCUGUGCUAGUGUCUCAAAGCGAUGGCUCACACUUCUGAGUAGUAUGCGUAGCACUGAAAUCUGUGGCAGCAGAAACACUGAAUCCUUGAAUCCUGAUGGAGGAUUGGUUUCAAGUAACGCGGAUGAGUCUACAAAUAUCAACGAGGAGAGCCCACUUACGGUUUCCAUUGAAAAUGAGACGGAUCUUGAGAGUGAUGGACACCUUACCAGGUGCUUGGAAGGGAAAAAGGCUACGGAUAUCAGACUUGCUGCCAUUGCUGUUGGAACUAGCAGUCGUGGGGGGCUGGGUAAGCUUUUGAUCCGAGGAAGCAACAGUACUCGCGGGGUUACCAAUUUUGGUCUUUCAGCAAUCGGACGUGGUUGCCCUUCCCUUAGGGUUCUCUCUCUUUGGAAUGUGUCUUCAAUCAGUGAUGAAGGGAUUUCAGAGAUUGCAAAUGGGUGCCAUAUGUUGGAGAAGGUGGAUCUCUGCCAGUGUCCUCAAAUAUCUGACAAAGGCUUGCUUGCAAUUGCAGAGAAUUGCCCAAAUUUGACUGCUCUUACGAUUGAAUCUUGCCCAAAUAUUGGGAAUGGGGGUCUGCAAGCACUCGCCAAACGUUGCUCCAACCUACAGUCAAUUUCAAUCAAAGAUUGUCCUCGUGUCGGUGAUCAAGGAGUUGCAAGUCUCUUAUCUUCCGCCUCUUAUGUCAUGACUAAGGUGAAGCUGCAAGGUUUGAGCAUAACCGAUGUCUCUCUUGCUGUUUUAGGCCACUAUGGUAAGGCCAUUACGGAUGUAGUCCUUACUGGUCUCCAGAACGUGAGUGAGAGGGGCUUUUGGGUCAUGGGUAAUACUCAGGGUCUGCAGAAGCUCAAGUCCAUAACAAUUACUUCUUGUCGAGGAGUAACAGAUCUUAGUCUUGAAGCUAUUGGAAAGGGUUGCCCUAACUUGAAGCAGUUGUGCCUUCGCAAGUGUUCUUUCCUGUCUGACAAUGGACUGGUAGCUUUUGCCAAAACAUCGGUUUCUCUUGAGAGCCUGCAAUUGGAGGAGUGCAACCGGAUCACUCAGUGUGGGGUUAUUGGUGCUCUCUCAAACUGUGGAGCAAAGUUGAAGGCCCUCAGCUUGGUGAAAUGCAUGGCAAUUAAGGAUAUGGUUUUGGCAUUGCCAAUGCUCUCUGCUUGCAAUUCGUUGGGGUCCUUGACUAUUCGUAACUGCCCAGGAUUUGGUAGCUCGAGCUUGGCCAUGGUGGGUAAGUUGUGCCCACAGCUUCAACACAUUGACCUUAGUGGGCUCUGUGGAAUAACUGAUGCAGGGCUUCUCCCACUCGUUGAGAGCUGUGAAGCAGGUCUUGUGAAACUUAAUGUCGGUGGUUGCAUGAAUUUGACAGAUGCUGUGGUUAAAGCCAUUGCCAGGCUUCAUGGUGGGACUCUCCAAUUGCUAAAUCUUGAUGGUUGCAGAAAGAUCACUGAUGUGAGCUUAGUGGCAAUCGCAGAGGACUGCUCAUUGCUCCAUGAUCUUGACGUCUCCAAGUCUGGGAUCACGGACUUGGGCAUUUCUGCUUUGUCUUGUGCAAAGCAGCUUGACUUGCAAAUACUUUCUUUGUCAGGCUGCUAUAAUGUGACAGACAAGAGCAUUCCCCUACUGGGAAAACUGGGUCAGACUCUUGUUGGGUUAAAUCUCCAGCAAUGCAAGUCAAUCAGCAGCAGAUCCAUCGAGCUACUUGUGGAGCAUCUGUGGAGGUGUGACAUCCUUUCCUAAGUAUGGAGGGGACUGAAACAUCCUUUGCAGAUUUGGAAAGCAGAAGUGAAGGAUUGAGGUCGGCUCAGUCAUGAGUUUGCCGAUUUCCAGUUCCUUCUAACGUAUAGCAGCAGCAGCAAAACCCCAUAUAGGGUGUCGUUAUUCCAGCGUAGUUUUUGGGCCCAUAUGCAGUGGGUCUUACGAUCUUCUCACAGUUACUCGGUUGUUUUCCAGGGACUUUGGCCAAUCACUCCUUUUUUGCAGGUUUCAAAACCUGUUUCAAGUGUUUUGGCUACCAUUGGUGGGAUGCCUUCAGGCCACAGUUCCCUGUGAAUUCAGUUACCAGGUCCUGGUUUUAGUUUUUUUUUUUUUUUAUCUUCUUGUUCCUGCCUCUCAUUGUCAUAGGGUCAUGGUUUUUAGCAUAGCCUCCUGAUAGCCAUGUUGGUUAGCGGGUGCUAGGCUUCCUUUGUUCAAGUCAUGCACGUCAGUUUUCGGGUCUAUCCAUCUUGGUUUUACCGAGUCUUUAACGUGUUUGAUCUUCUAGUGUUCUUGAUGGUUGGGUCGCUGUUUUCCGUCAGGGUCGAGUUCAUAGUUGUGUUAUGGUUGCUUUUGGCAGUUCUAAGUUUGGUGCCUGAGAUUGAUGAUGGGAAUUGGCAGUGGCAGCCGCUUCUUUUGGUUUGCCAUCACGGCCUUUGGUCGUUUUUUUAUACCAAGCCCUAGUUUUGCAGGCUUCUGUUGGGAACUGUACUCUGCAACUGUUUUUUUAUGUAAUGGAAUGAAUAUUGUCUCGUGUUGUA